UUCUCAUCCUUUCAUCCUUCAUCAGUAUCAGUAACAAUCUUCUGCUUCUUUCUUCCUCUAAUGAACAACUGAGGAUUACAUCAAAAGCUCUGAUUAACAUUAACUACAUUCCAAAUCAAAAUCAGUCAUCACAUACUUUUGUCUAUACUCACCAUCCAUCAACUUCAACUGCUCAUACAGUUAGUAUAUUCAAAUCAGUUUACAACGCAGAUAUACAUCGUAAAGAUAUAUAGAUAGGAUUCCAUCAUGACUACAACCCAUUCUCCUUUGUUACCAAUGAGUCAUCAAGUUCCCUUCCGACAACCCGCUCUUCCUGUUCCACUCUCAUGGGGAUUCGCUAGACCUUCUCAAUCAUUUCUUCAACCUACAUCUUUAUCUCCCAAGAAAGAACAACCCAGAGCGGUUUCUUCAUCCAAGACUCGAAAACGAUGUACAUCAGAGGAAAUGGAUCACGACCAGCAACCCAUCUCAACUCGAAUCAUCUCUGCCUGUCCGAUUAAAAGAGUCAAGAAGGGCGUUAGUCAGUCUUCCUCGGAUGCUGAUAUGACUACCAGCGAUUCAAAGGAUGAUGGAGAGGAUCAAAUUGAUUUGGGAAAAGCAUUCUCUAGUCUCACUAAGCCUGAGCUUCUCACUUUACUUCAGAGUAUCGUCGCUCAACACCCAGAACUCAAACGAUCUAUUCCCGCGCUACUUCCGAAACCCACAAUCGAAGCUAUCACCACCAAACUAGCGGAGGUUGAGAGUCAGCUCUUGGAAUCGAUACCUAACAAGCGUACUAACCGAGAGGAAUACAUCUGGAACCGAGUUCGAUGUCCUCUGAAUGAGUAUGUCAACGAGUGUCUCGGUUUACUCAAGAUCUGGACCAAAGGCGAAGAUGGUUUCGAACAAUCCCAAAUCCACACCACAGUCUCGAAUCAAUUCAGUUUUCUGUACUUACUCACCACAUCCAUCAAAAAGAUCGAUAACUGUUUGCCUACCACCAGUCGUGAUCAAUCAGAUAUGCUCAAUUAUGCAGCUUCUCAACCUUUGCGUUCAGUUUUGAUACCAGAUCUACUACAAGCCUGGCGACAGUUCAUUGAGAAGAUCUAUCAUAUCACUUCAACCAAUGGUAUCAUCCUGUCAGAAUCAUCUAUCGAGAAAUGGUUUGCCCAGCUCAACGAUCUUGCUCAUCCAACCUCUGAAGAUGAUAGGAGUCACAGUUCGCAGUUUAUGGAACCUAUCCGAGAUCUCGCUAAACGUCAAUUUGGAGACAUUGUGCGUUCACGGAGGACAUUUGCUCCAUUCAAUAUGACAGUAGAGAAUGCAUAUUCUCAACAAACCUCUUGGACCGCUUCUCAAGGCUUCUCUUCACGAUUGAUGACUGGAGGAGGUCAUUAUUCUUAUGGACAAUCACAUGAGGAGAUGCUUUGAUACUUGCUCUUCUUCAUGACUCUUUAGCUCUUUCCGGUUUACAUUCACACACAUAACAGAUAUACGUAGUUUACCCUUGUGUUUGCAAGAUCGCCCAUUAGUUAUGCUCUUUACAAUCCGGCCUCUAUUACUUUCCAUCUUUCCUUAUUCUAGUCUUUCCAAUCUACUUCUUCAUAUAUGCUCUCAUAUGUUUUUUUAUUAUGAUAUGUUUUCUUAGUGGGAUUAAUCUGACACAAAAUCAGUCUGCUUGCUGACACGUUUAUAUGUCGGAUGAUGAGAUCUGUGGUUGGGUCAUCUCAUUGGUUUUCUAUUGAUUUUCAUCUGUAUAUAUCAAAAAGAAAAAGAAGGGACUUUAGUUUGCAAGCGAUGUAGUUGGACUCUGUGUGGUUUGGAAUUUUUUCUUUGAAAAUUGAUAUAUAAAAUUC